UCCGGUGAAAUCAAGCAGAGCGUGAGGACGCGAGCUAUUCAGUGCGCGUAGUUCAGUGCGGAGCGGGUGAGCAGUGCGCUUCCUAGGGAAGUAUGGGAAACCAGAGCGCUCGCUCCUGAGCUCAAUCCGACCGUCUCUGUUCGGGCGACUGCUGCCAUCUCAGUGCACAGUGGAUCUCAACUUUCUCCUUUGUUUUCCGUUCAUUACGGCAGAUCUCAUACAAAACAUAGCGACCGGUGUCCAAAUACACAACAACAUCUGUUAAAACAUCAUCAGUGCCUAGGCUAAAGGAAUUACACAACUCAAGAAUAAGUCCAGUCAGCAAGGAGAAUGGGGAGCAAGGGGCAGUUUCGCUACCACUGGCAGAGUCACAAUGUCAAGCAAAGUGGUGUGGACGACAUGGUCCUCCUGACCAAAAUCAACGAGGACGCCAUCGUGGAGAACCUCAAGAAGAGAUACAUGGACGACUACAUCUUCACAUAUAUUGGUCCUGUGCUCAUUUCUGUCAACCCCUUCAAACAGAUGCCGUACUUUGGGGACAAAGAGGUGGAACUGUACCAGGGUGCGGCCCAGUAUGAGAACCCACCGCACAUCUACGCGCUGGCGGACAACAUGUAUCGCAACAUGAUGAUUGACCGCGAGAACCAGUGUGUUAUCAUCAGUGGAGAGAGUGGUGCUGGGAAGACAGUGGCAGCCAAAUACAUCAUGAGCUACAUCUCCAGAGUAUCUGGCGGGGGGCCCAGGGUCCAGCACGUGAAAGACAUCAUCCUACAAUCCAAUCCUCUCCUUGAAGCAUUUGGAAAUGCAAAGACCGUGAGGAACAACAACUCCAGCCGUUUUGGGAAGUACUUUGAGAUCCAGUUCAGUUCAGGCGGGGAGCCAGAUGGAGGGAAAAUCUCCAACUUCCUUCUGGAAAAGUCUCGAGUUGUCAUGAGGAAUCCUGGAGAAAGAAGCUUUCACAUAUUCUACCAGCUGAUCGAAGGAGCCAGCGAAGAGCAGAAAAGCAGCCUCGGAAUCACCAGCUUAGACUACUACAGUUACCUCAACCAGUCCGGCUCAUACAAAGUGGACGACAUCAACGACAGGAGUGAUUUCCAUGAGACAAUCCACGCCAUGAAUGUGAUCGGGAUCAGCCCGGAGGAGCGCACGCUGGUCCUGCAGAUCGUGGCGGGGGUGCUCCACAUGGGCAACAUCCAGUUCAAGGAGGCGGGCAACUACGCAGCUGUGGAGAAUGAGGAGUUCCUGGCCUUCCCAUCCUUCCUGUUGGGCAUAGACCAGACAGGACUCAAGGAGAAGCUGACCAGCCGUAAGAUGGACAGCAAGUGGGGUGGCAAAUCCGAAUCCAUUGACGUGACCCUGAACGUGGAACAGGCCUGUUACACCCGGGAUGCCCUUUCCAAGGCUCUGCAUGCCCGCGUUUUCGACUUUCUGGUGGAGUCCAUUAAUAAGGCCAUGGUGAAGGACCAUCAGGAGCUGAACAUUGGAGUGUUGGAUAUCUACGGAUUUGAAAUCUUUCAGAAAAAUGGCUUUGAACAGUUUUGCAUCAACUUUGUGAAUGAAAAGCUUCAACAGAUUUUUAUUGAGCUGACACUGAAAGCUGAACAGGAAGAGUAUGUGCAAGAGGGCAUCCGGUGGACCCCCAUUGAUUACUUCAACAACAAGAUUGUGUGUGAUCUCAUUGAGAGCAAGAAUCCUCCAGGUAUCAUGAGCAUCCUGGAUGAUGUGUGUGCCACGAUGCACGCAGUGGGGGAGGGGGCGGAUCAGACGCUGUUGCAGAAGCUGAGGGUACAGGUCAACACCCAUGAGCACUUCAACAGUUGGAACCAGGGCUUCAUCAUCCACCACUAUGCUGGGAAGGUAUCUUACGACGCUGACGGAUUCUGCGAGAGGAACAGGGACGUGUUGUUCACAGACCUCAUUGAGCUGAUGCAGAGCAGCGACAUUGCAUUCAUCCGGGCCUUGUUCCCAGAAAACCUCAAUCAGGAGAAGAAGGGCCGACCGACCACAGCCGGCAGUAAGAUAAAGAAACAGGCCAAUGAUCUGGUGAGCACACUCAUGAAAUGCACCCCCCACUACAUCCGCUGCAUCAAACCCAAUGAGACAAAGAGGCCGAAGGACUGGGAGGAGAGUCGAGUAAAGCACCAGGUGGAGUACCUGGGACUGAAGGAGAACAUCCGUGUGCGUCGUGCAGGCUAUGCCUACAGAAGGGUUUUCAGGAAGUUCCUCAACAGGUACGCCAUCCUGACCAAGGAGUCGUGGCCAACGUGGCGUGGGGACGAGAAGCAGGGGGUCCUCCACCUGCUGCGCUCCGUCAACAUGGACCAGGAGCAGUUCCAGCUGGGACGCACCAAGGUGUUCAUCAAGGCCCCGGAGUCGCUGUUCCUGCUGGAGGAGACCAGGGAGCGCAAGUUUGAUGGCUACGCCAGAACUAUUCAGCGGGCCUGGCGCAAGUAUCAAGCCCGGAAGAGAUACGUCCAGAUGAGGGAGGAAGCCUCUGAUCUGCUCUUCAACAAGAAGGAGAGGCGGAGGCACAGCAUCAACAGGAACUUUGUGGGAGACUACCUGGGCAUGGAUGACCGCCCUGAACUUCGCCGCUUCUUGGCCAAGCGUGAGAAGAUUGACUUUGCGAACACAGUGACCAAAUACGACCGCCGCUUCAAGGGCAUCAAGAGGGACCUGAUUUUGACGCCCAGGUGCUUGUAUCUGAUUGGCCGGGAGAAGGUGAAGCAGGGCCCAGAGAAAGGCCAGGUGAUGGAGGUGCUUAAGAGGAAGAUUGAGGUGGAGAGGAUCCUGGGAGUGUCCCUCAGCACCCUGCAAGACGACUUCCUGAUCAUCCACGAGCAGGAGUACGACAGCCUGCUGGAGUGCACUUUCAAGACAGAGUUUGUGAGCCUGCUAGCGCGCCGUUUCGAGGAACGCUCCCAAAGGAAGCUGCCGCUCAAGUUUGGCAACACACUUGAGGUGAAGCUGAAGAAGGAGAACUGGGGCCCCUGGAGUGCAGGCGGCUCCCGCCAGGUGCAGUUUGUUCAAGGCCAGGGUGAUGAGGCUGUGCUGAAGCCCUCCAACAAGAUGCUGCAGGUCAGCAUCGGGCCCGGCCUGCCCAAAAGCUCACGACCCACCAAGAAAAACUUUGUCACAAGUCGCUCAAGUGGGAUUCACCAGAACUACCCAAUGCGGCCAGCUCCUGGACCUCCAGGAGGUGGACACCAGAACGGGGGACUGAAGCAUGCCAACCACAGGAACUCGUCAUCCCAGCAACAUACCAAUCAGAGGCUCCCGCCAAACAACAUGACUCGCCCCUUCCUGCCGACAAACAUCAACCCCAGCCAGAUGAAGGACCGAAACAGCAGGCAGCCGACCAACCAGGAGUUCCUCAGGGUCCCGGAUCGAGGUGCCGCUGGUAACGGAGGUGGACGCCCAACGGCAAAUGGAGGAAUGGCGCACAGGCAGUCCGUCAGCAGACCCACCCCAGGGGGCGGCCGACCGAAACCAGCCCCCAAGCCCAAACCCCAGGUUCAGCAGUGCAAGGCUCUGUACGCCUAUGACGCCCAGGACACAGACGAGCUCAGCUUCAAUGCUGAUGAUAUCAUUGAUAUCGUCAAGGAAGAUGCCUCUGGGUGGUGGACGGGGAGACUGCGAGGAAAACAGGGUCUGUUCCCCAACAACUAUGUCACGAAGCUGUAAGCUGGCUUCUGCUGCCCACUGACCACAUGCAGAAAGGUGGAGGGUGUGACAGAGAGCCGCUGGCCUGCUCACCUCUACAGACCCCCCGACUGCAUCCUGCUGUCCUACAGAUUCAGGAAAACCCGGUCUGCAGCAGGGUCCCGUCACACAGGAACAUGACGGAGACACGGCAUCUCUGGAGCUUGGCUUCUUAGCCACAUGACUCCUGUGAGCACUGAACAAAACUAUUUAUUCUAUUUAAAGCUUUCUAGGAUUUUUGUAAUUAUUUUAUGUUUUUGCCUUGAAGGUAUAUUGCAGGUGAAUGGUUUUAUUUGAAGGGCUGACAUAUGACAUUUGGGAUCUGAAGGUUUUAAUGUGUCCACUUGUGUAUUUUAAGGGAUUUAACAGUUUAAAUUAAGGGUGGCUGGUUGUAUACAUUCACUGAUUUUGUUACAAAUGUUAGCUGCUAAAAUGGAUUUCAUGAGUAGGAUUGCCUUCAAAAGUAGAACAUUUUAUAAACAUUGAAACAAAUAUGACAUUGACAGUGAUAAUGUAUUUGAUGCUUGUGCUGUUGUAUGCAUUCAUGAUUUUUCCUGGUUCUAAGAACAUUGGUGAAAAUGUGAACAUAUCCACAUGUGCCUUUGGUGGGGAAAAGGACUGAUAUUCACAAGCCAUCAUAUUUUUUGAUAGCUUUACAAAUUAAAAAUACAUUGACUAGAAAGAUCCAUUUGUUACAAAAAUGUCAUGCUGGUCUUUCAAAGCAACAAAUGAAGGAGCUACAAUGUUUAUAAGCACUUUAUCACUCGGAUGACUAUAUGGUAGAUUUUUUAGUUACUUAGUUCUGCUGCUCCAGCAUAGAAGUAAGCUUUGUAGAAAAGUACUCAUUAAAGGGAAUUCUUAGGAAAACUGUUUACAGUAAGAAAUUUGAGCAAUUAAAAUAGAUCUUUUAUAAAGACUAGAAUGUUUCCUUGUAUAGUUUGACUGGUGCUUCUGAAGGGGAUGUGUAAGUUUGGUCUAGGCUGGGGAAUACACAGCUCUGUUCAAUAAGAGCUAUUGCUGCACUUCAGAAGGGAGGGAAGACAUUGACCAUCAUAUCUAAGUUAUUUAAUAGAUAUGGAUUUAAGAUGCAUGUUUGUAAUCCUUGUCUGUUAUACAAUCCCUUGUCACCCCCUCCCAUUCACUGUAUGGGCAUCCCAUUGAAAGAUCAGCAUUUACAUUUAUUGUAAUAAAAAACCUGACCUAGAAUGAGAAUUUGGCAAGAUCUAAAGUGAGGUAUGCAUAUGACUUUUCUAUAUUAGAACUGACCACAGAAGUUAUUUUGACAAGCCACAUCUCUCUAUACAGUUUCAGCUCAAAUUUCAUCCUUGUCAGCUUAGUUACAGAACCCACUUCCUAUACAAGUUGUAAACAAACUGAUUGCAAGAGUGGUCUUUGGUUGUGACUUAAGCAUUUUAUUAAUGUAAAUAUGCUGUUCCUUCAAUGUGGCUGGCCCAUAUUGACAGAUGUCCUUACCUGUGUGGACAAUUCUUACGCCAUGUACUGUAGCCUUACUUAGCAUUGCUUGUGUAUGAAUGUAUAAAGGUGGCAAGGACUAGUGCUUCAGACACACCUGUAUGGUUGUUGCACCACUAAUAAAGAGAUGCAAAAGCA